AAUGACUGCAGUUCUGACCUUCGCUCCAACACACUAUAAACAAAUACAAUACCACACGUGGCAACGUCCUAUUCGCCAUCUGCCUCCCCGGCUCACUUUCACAACCACUGAUCAUCGCUUCACCACUCGUUCACUACACAUUACAAACAAUCGCCGUGAACUCGCCGCCAUGUCCUCUUCCGGCAACUCGCUCCCACUCGGUUCCACAACUCAGUUCGAACUCAGUACCGAAGCCGAUUUCAACAAAAUCGUUUCUCCCGAUGGACUCAUCUCCAUCUGCGGCUUCGGCUCUCUCCUCUCCGAGAAUAGUGCCAGAAGUACAUUUCCUCAUCUGAUCAACUUUCGAGUCGCGAGAUUGCUAGGUUUUCGCCGUGUGUUUGCUCACGCGGCUCCGAUUUUCUUCCAGCGCGGCAUUGCCAAUCCACAAACUAAGGAAAUUUCAAGCUUAAGUGUUGAGCCUUGUGAAGGUAAAAGCCUUCUAGUAACUGUUUUUGAGAUUCAUAAUUCAGAGAUUCCUUCAUAUAUUGAGAGGGAGCACGAGUUUCGGUUUUUAGCUGUAAUUCCUGAAGCAUUUGACGGAAAGCCAUAUGCUUGUCCUGCGGUACUUUGUGCGCGUUAUAGUGAUGAGGAGUAUUUUCAAAUCAGGUGUAAAGGCAGCCAGGAGAUAUACUUCCAACGAUAUGGACAAUAUAAUAUCCACAAGAUUUGGAGGGAUGAUAUUCUACCUUGUCGGGUUUAUCUUCGACACUGUGUGCUGGCUGCAAAAAACCUUGGAGAUGCAGUAUAUAAUAACUUUAUGGAUUACACUUUUCUUGGAGACCGUAAAACUACAAUUCGGGAGUAUUUGAAAACUGCAGGAUCAGGCAUUAUGGAAGAGGAGCCUCCAGAACUUCUGAAGAAUCGGUAUGGUGGCUGACAGAAGUAAUAUAUCUUUUCCAAAGAAAAUUGAGUUGAAAAUGAUAACUUGUACACCUAUGAUACAUGUGCACUCAAUAUAAUAAGUUCGGUAUAACUUCAUUUGUACAUGAUAAUAAAUACAGUAGAAUAGUAGAUAGUGAACAAAUUUUUGUAGUUGGUUGGAAAGAUUUUUUAAUGAGGAAGUGACAGUUUUCACUUGAA